GGAUAUACUGUUGUGGCGGUAAUAAUUUCGUGAGGCAAAAUGGUUAAUCAACAAAUGUAUCCUAACAUUUUAUUGGUUCAAACAAUUGUUCAUGAUUAUUAUGAAUUAUUUAGAAAAAGAAAAUUGGCAGCAAUCUUUGCAUAUUUACAUAUUGAAAAUUAAAAAAGAGUAAUACUAAUGGCUAAAAAUGAACAAAUAAUGACGGGAACACAUUUGGAAUUUUUUUGAAGAUUUGGAGUGAUGGUCUGAAAAUUAACACUGCCAUUAUUUUCAUCUCUAGUCACUUUAGAGGUAUUGGAAAUGCCUUGUGUGCUUUUGAGCAAACUUUUCAAUUAUAUGUGCAUACAAGCAUACGAAAAUAGAGUAUAGGAUAGCAAAGUAAUACUGACAACUAGUUAGGAAUUCUGAAAAGCAAUCUUGACUUAUCAUUGAUUUAAAAUAGGCUACCCAAAAUGAUUGUAAAAAUGGCGGCCCAAUAUCAAUCGAGAGAGGCACAUUGUGAAUGCCGCGUACUUACGGUAGAGCGCAUGACAACUUCGGAAGUUAUUGUGUAGGAAGAGCGUAAGUAAAUGACGUAAGUAGUAAUGAAAUACAAUGGCUUCUAGAUAGUGGUUGUACGGACAAUAAAAAAUUAUUUGAUAAAUGUACGAUAUUAAAAAAACCUGUAAAUGUUUAUUUAGGGGAUAAUAGGAUUUUAAAGGCCCCAAAAAUUACUAAUGUCAAAAGCUCUUUAAAUGCAUUUAACUCAGAUUUGCCUACUGUCCUACCAAAAGGACACUGAAUAUUACAGGAAUCUUUGUUAAAUUUUUUGAGAUACAGUUAUUUGAAUCUAGAUGUCGCUUGACCAAAUGUCACCCCAAACAUUAUUCUUGAAAUUUCUUUUACAAAAUCAGUGGAAGUUUAUUGUUUUAUUGAGCACGUGGUAAAACAAUUUGUGAUGGACGAACCUUUACCUUUCCGCUUAGUUGGGUAAGUUUUUGAGGACUUUGUUUUAUUCUAUUUUUAGUUUUCGUUGAACAUGCAUGUAAAUGUAUGUAUCAGGUUUUAGCUGAUGCAGCUUGCUUAUAAAAAGAACCGUUUUUAAUCAAUCAGUAUCAGAAAAAUCAUGUGUACUUCUAGAAGGAGAGUAGGCAAACCGAUAUUCUUUUAAUUCUUUUACAGGGGUCUCACUCUGAAUGAACUAUUGCAAAUCAUUGAAGAAGAUGAUCACAAUGAAGUUGAUGACGAAAUAUCGCUUACAAUUAUGCCGCCCAAAAAUUCUUGCGAGGAAGUUACUGAUGAAGAUUCAGGCGAUGAAGAUCAUUUAGAUAUUAACAAUUUGCCUGGAUCGCAACUUCUAGCCGAGGCAGAAAUUUUUGAACCUAAUGUUGAAGAAGAUGUUAAUAUUUCUUUACCAAGCGAUUCAGGUAGUGAUGAUAAUGAAGAAAAUCUGCCAUUGUCGGAUGUAAAACGUCUUCUGAAAAACUCCCAACAUAUAUAUGUGAAAAAAAAUUAUGCUUGGAGAAACCAAGACUUAACACCUAAUAAUAUAGAAGUUCCAAAACCACAAAUGGUUUAAAAUGAAAAUUCGGUUAUUGAAUUGUUUUCGUUAUUUUGGGGUGACGAAGUUAUAGAUUUAUUUGUCUACUAUUCUAAUAUGUACGCUACAAGCAAAAAUAGGGUUGGAAACAUAACAAAAUAAGAAAUGAAAAAUUUUUUCGCCAUCCUACUACUGUCUGGUUAUCAAAAAUUACCCAGACGUAGAAUGUAUUGGGAAAAUUCUUCUGACACGCAAAAUCAGCUUGUUAUAAAUUCGUUAUCUAGAGAUCGUUUUGAGUAUAUUUUCAGUAAUUUACAUUGCUGUGAUAACACGAAUUUAGACAAGACAGACAGAUUUGCCAAAGUACGAUUAUUGAUAAAUAAAAUGAACAGUUUAUUCCAACAGUAUGCACCAGUAACUGAAAAUCACAGUGUGGAUGAAGCCAUGGUGCCUUAUUAUGGUCGCCAUGGCUGUAAGCAAUUCAUACGUGGUAAACCCAUACGUUAUGGGUACAAAUUAUGGACAGGUUGUACCAGCAAAGGGUAUGUUAUUUGGGUAGAGCCGUACCAAGGUGCCAAAUCAGAAAUAAAGCCCUGUUAUAAGGAACUGGGUUUAGGACCAUCUGUGAUUCUGCAAUAUACCGACAUAAUCAAUUCUAUUCAAAGCUUUCCCUAUCACAUUUUUUGCGACAAUUUCUUUACGACUAUACCACUUCUGAGAGAAAUGACUAGAAGAAAUUUGAAGAUAACAGGAACCAUAAGAGAAAAUCGCACAUCAAAAUGUCCACUGGCAAAUAAAUCCCAGUUCAAGAAAAAAAGUAGAGGUUUUAUUGAAUACAAAACUAACGAAGAAAACACUGUAGUUGUUAAAUGGCAUGACAAUAACGUCACUUUAGCAUCCAAUGCCUUGCCUGUUCACCCUACUCAUUCAGUUAGUCGUUAUUCUCUCAAAGAAAAAAAGAAAAUUAAGGUAGACCAACCUCAUAAUAUAUUUACUUAUAACAAAUAUAUGGGAGGCGUUGACAGGGCAGAUCAAAAUAUAAGUCUCUACAGAAUAGGUUUGAGAGGAAAGAAGUGGUACAUUCCUCUUAUAUUUCACAUGUUAGAUCUUGCGGUUCAAAAUGCAUGGCAACUUCACAGGGAACAAAAUGGAAAACUGGAUCAUCUAGGAUUUCGAAGGAGAAUAGUCAUGACCAUUUUAGAAGGAAACCAACGAAAAUUUGCGAAGAGAUCGAAGUUGUCACAAUCACAUAACUGUGAGAUGAGAUAUGACCGUAUUGAUCACUUAAUUGUGACACAAGGGAAGCAAACCAGGUGUCGCAUGUGCCACAAAAAAGUCUCCACCAAGUGUGAGAAGUGUGAUGCUGCAUUACAUGUUGUAUGUUUUAAGCCUUACCAUGUGAAAGAAAUCUAA